UUAGGUGAUGGUGGCAUAUUUUCUCUAUAAUCUGUUCCGAUCUAACCUUGCCCCUACUUUUUGUAAAGCAUAUCAUCUUUCUACCAGUAAUGAACCGCCUCUCCCGCCACUUCACUACAAGCGCUUCUUCCCGCGCUCUUGUUCUUCCCUGUUUACUGCCGAACCAUUCUUCUGGUCUUUUCCCUAACAAAAUCCUAACCCUUGAUCCUAACCAAUCUCUCGUCCAAUCCUUCACCCGCCUCUCCCUCCAUGGACCCCUCUCCGAUGCCAUGGCGGCUCUUGAAACUAUCGACUCACGCUGCCUCCAUGCAGCCGAUCCCAUUGACUACCUCCACCUCAUCAAGCUCUGCCUCUCGGCUGGAGCCGCAGAUGCUGGCCGCCGAAUCCACCGUCAUCUCACCUCCGCAGGCUAUCUUCCUGUCCUCUUCCUCUCAAACUCCCUCCUUGGAAUGUAUGUACGCUUUGGCCUCAUUGGUGAUGCCCGCCAACUGUUCGGAGAUCUGCCCCAUCGAAAUGUCGUCUCUUGGACUACCAUGAUCUCCGCAUUUAUUGACAUCGAACUUGGGAGAGAAGCUCUGGAAUUCUUUGUUUGGAUGCAGAGAGAUGGAAUUCGACCUAACAUGUUCACCUUUUCGUCAAUUCUACGAACCUGCGACACUUUGAAAGCCGUUUGGGCAAUGCACUGUUGUGUCAUCAAGCAUGGUUUGGAUUCUGAUGAUUUUGUGCGGAGUUCGCUGAUCGAUGCCCACUUUAGGUGUGGAGAUUCGGAGAGUGGUCACCUGGUUUUCAAUGAAAUUAUAACAGGGGAUCUUGUUGUGUGGAAUUCAGUCAUUGGUGGCUUUGCGCAAACAGGCAAUGGUCACGAAGCUCUGAAGCUGUUUAGACAGAUGAAAAGAGCUGGCUUUUUAGCUAAACAAGCUACUUUAACUAGUGCUCUGAGAGCUUGCACUGGUAUGGUCUUUCUAGAGAUGGGACAACAAGUUCAUGGCCAUUUGCUCAAGUAUAAACCUGAUCUGAUUCUGAACAAUGCAUUGCUUGAUAUGUAUUGCAAAUGUGGAAGCUUGGAAGAAGCAGAAGUCAACUUUGAAAGAAUGCCCGAGAAGGAUGUGAUAUCUUGGAGCACAAUGAUCUCGGGCCUUGCUCAGAAUGGACGAAGUCUUGAAGCAUUGAGACUCUUUGAUUUGAUGAAGGCAGAAGGAGCAAAGCCGAACUACAUCACUAUGGUAGGCAUUCUUUUUGCUUGCAGUCAUGCUGGUUUGGUUGAAGAUGGUUGGUACUAUUUUCGCUCGAUGAACCAACUCUUCGAUAUAGAACCAGGAAGUGAGCAUUAUGGCUGCAUGGUUGAUCUUCUUGGAAGAGCAGGGAAGCUUGCGGAAGCUGUGAAGUUUAUCCAUGAAAUGGAAUUCAAACCAGAUGCUAUUAUAUGGAGAACCCUCCUUGGAGCUUGCAGGGUUCAUAAGAAUGUGAGCCUUGCUGCUUAUGCAGCACAAGAGAUUCUGAAACUAGAACCUGGAGAUGAAGGGACUUGCAUAUUAUUAUCAAAUAUUUAUGCAGAUGCUAAGCAAUGGUCAUAUGUUGAGCAGAUGAGGAAGAUGAUGAGGGAUAGAGGCAUUAGGAAAGAGCCUGGUCGGAGUUGGAUGGAUGUUGGGAAGGAAACCCAUGUCUUCAUUGCUGGGGAUUUCUCGCAUGCUCAAAUGGAAGGUAUUGGUAGGGAACUAGAGAGGUUGAUCAGCAAAAUAAGUAAUAUGGGUUAUGUACCUGAUACUGAAUUUGUGCUGCACGAUUUGGGGAGAGAACAGAAGGAAGAGUCUAUUCGGUAUCAUGGCGAGAAGAUGGCAAUUGCAUUUGGAAUGAUGAAUUCAACAUCGGGGAAGCCAAUCAGAAUAAUGAAGAAUCUCAGGAUCUGUGGAGACUGUCAUGCUUUUGCAAAGCUUGUUUCGAGGACUGAAGGCAAGCUAAUUGUAAUUAGGGACCCAGUUCGAUUUCAUCAUUUCCAGGAUGGAGCUUGUUCAUGUGGGGAUUACUGGUAGUAGCAAAUAUCCAUCAAUUGUUUUGUUAUUCUGACAAAUCACAUGAAUUGCUUUAAAAAAGCGUUGUCCCUGACGCCGGAGCUGAGCUAAUUAAUCCGGUUAAACGUGGUGGAUUCUUCUACCAAGGAGUUCUUGGAUUAGUGCUCGGACACGGCCACCGGAUCAUCGACGUGGAUUCGUCGAGCCCCCUCCGGUCUGGUGUCAGUCCCCAGAUUAAACAUGAUGUUUGAGAUAUGUUAUGAGAAGCUGAAUUGCAUAUUAUCUGGGGUAAAGACAAAAUCUUGAGGGCUGGAAGUAUUUUGUAGACCCUGGAAAGAGAAAAAAAUCAUGAUGUAUUGGAAUUCUGACUGGAGGUUGAAGGUGAAGGGCAAUGCUGUUCAAUAUCAUCAUCAUCUCCAUUAACAUUAUGCCCAUUCUUUGGGAUUGUUUUUAUGAAUGCUCAUUCUCCA